CAAGCAAAGGCUGCUUUUGGAGGAAAUAAAAAUAUUUGAACUGAAGACUAAGGCAUCCUAACCAGCUUUAUACAAACAAGAUUAUGCAGCCUUUUCUGGGAUUAGGAUCUUUCAAGUGAAACGGUAGCUAUUCUAAGGUCUUUCUCUCAACUUCAUUUGAUCAUACGUGAUACAUGGAUGGGUGUUCACUUUAUGCUGUCCAAUUGUUCGAUGAAAUGCUGUAAUGGGAUAUCAGUUUUCACUUAUAGUACUGCUAACGGAUAUGUUUCAUUGCAGACUGGAUUUUAAUGAGAUUGUGAAACAAAGGUUGGCUUGCUAAGUGCAAAGGACUUAAAUUGAACAAACAGAGCAUCAUGUUUGCCACAGCAGUCAGGUAUUUUUCGAAGAAACCCAAGCCUAAGAUGAAACCCAUAGAACUGAAAACCCCACCUGAGCAAACCCAAACCAUCACAAGGGCUAUUUUUGAUAUCCUCAAGGAACAUGGUCCACUCACAGUUUCCGACACUUGGGAACGUGUUAAGGAAGUUGGAUUAAGAGGAUUGACCAGCAAAAGGCAUAUGAAAAUAGUAUUAAGAUGGAUGAGGGAGCGGCAGAAGCUCAGGAUCAUAUGCAACCAUGUAGGGCCCCAAAAACAAUUUCUGUACACUACAUGGUUCACAAAACCAAGCAUCACAAAGAUGAGGCCUACGAAUGAAUCCUCACGCCCCAAGUUGCCAUAGAAUUAUGGAAGCCUGGUUAAGCAGCUUUUGUUCAUCUAAAAAUGUUCUUAUGCUUCAUAUAUUGUAUUGCUUUCUGUUUCCCUUCAGAGGAUGACAUAGAAAAUGCUGGUUCCUUCUUCUAAGAUGCAUAUAUGCUUUUAGUUACUGCUACAUGUUCUGGUAAUUUGGUGAAGUUUUGGCAUUCAUUCUGCUCGA